AUGUUUGAGCAUAAUGAUCGAGGCGAUGACUUCAGAAAGAACGAAUCCGUUGUUUCUACACAAUGCACCAGUUACGAGAGUUCGGACGAGUCAGAUGACAGUUUCAUCGAUGAAGAAGUUAUCCCGCUGAAGAUUCAGGCGAUCCGGAAGAUAGAGUUUGCCCUGGCUGACAUCCAAGAGCAAAUUGAACGAGACGAUAAAACCCUCAUUUUGAGAACAUCACACGACAAAUCGAAGUUCUCACUUCGAUAUUCUCCUCGCAUGAAGAAGAAGUUAGAUCGAGAUUUACAUUGUCUUCAUCAGAUAUAUGACUUGCUAGAAAAUGAUAAAAAAUCGACAAAGAGAGAAUUGUUCUACGAGCAUAAAUUAAUUUAUGAAGUCCAACGGAAUCUCGACAGCUCAAUCACAUCAAUUUGUGAGCUAUUGAACCAGAGUCGGGCGAUGUUAAAUGUGUUUGCAUGUGGACGCGGAAUCAUUCGUGGGGCUAUAACUUUCUUGGUAAAAGAUGUCGGAGUUAUUGAUGCCAGAAUUCAAGAUGUUCUUAUCACAGAUGCUCUAAUUUACGCGGAUAUUGUGUCAGAAGCUGAAUUUGUGCUUGUUGUUGAAAAAGACACAAUUUUUCAAAAACUAAAGGAUGAAGAUUUUCAAAAAAUGUUUCCUCGAGGGAUUCUAGUCACUUCCAAAGGAUAUCCUGAUAUUGCAACUAGAAAUGUUCUUAAAAUGUUUGGUGAAAGAAAGAAUUUUCCAAUCUAUGGGUUAUUCGAUGCGGAUCCUCAUGGGAUAGAAAUCUAUUUGACAUACAAAUAUGGGGCAACGAAAGAAACUGCCGAAGGACGGGGAGCUUUUGUGCCUUCGAUUCAGUGGAUUGGCCUAUUCCCAACUGACUUCAAAAAUUUCUUCAUCGACAAAUCUCAGCAACUCCCAUUGAUUCGUUCCGACUAUGUGAAAAUCGAAAAUCUGAUUCCCCGUUCCAUUCAGCUCGGAGAAAUUUCCGUUACUCGUGAACUCGAUUAUAUGAUUCAGAAUCCUUUGAAAUUCGAACUGGAAUCCAUCAACAUGUGCGGACCAGAGUAUAUGGGAAGGUAUCUAAUUGCUCCACGUGUUAAAAAAGUUGAAAAGAAAAUAAUGGAUCCAAUUGAAGAAGUUGAAGCUGAACAGGGUUCGCUAGAUUCACAACUUUCUUUCGACGCUAACACUUCUGAUGAAGAUUUGGACGAUUGUUAUGCGGAUUCUGACACUGAGCGAAUGAUGGAUGAUUUAAUAGACAACGACAGCGAUUGA